AUGUUCCUCAGACUCGGAUUCAUAACCUUUGCCGUUGUUGCCUCUGUGGCGUUUGCUGUCGACGUUGACAAGAACGCGGACCUCGUCGCUAAGCUUCGCCUGGCCAACACCAACCUCGACCGCAUGACCUUGCUCCCAGAUGAUGCAGACUGGUUGUUUGAUUUCACCAAGCAGGACAAGUACACCUUCUCGCCUGGGGGAGUGAUCAACGCCAAUUCUGCUACGUUCCCGGCAGCUACCGGCCAAGGCAUGACGAUGUCCAUGCUCAACCUGGGCCCCUGCUCCAUGCUCCCGCCGCACCUUCACCCACGUGCCGCCAAUUACGUCGUCGCUAUCUCGGGGACCACACAAACAUACAUGAUUGCAGAGAACGGCGCCCGCACGGUGACCGAGAUCCUCCAAGCAGGCCAGAUGACCAUCUUCCCGCAGGCCUCCAUCCACACCAUGAUGAACAUUGGUUGCGAGAACGCGCAGUUGAUCUCAGCUCUCAACUCCGACGACACUGGGACCACCAACUUGGCCAACGCAUUCUUCUCGUUUCCACAGAACAUCUCCGGAACUGUCAUCGGGGGCGGAUUGAACGCUCAGGCCAUCUAUGGGCGCGUACCAUCGUUCGGGACAGGCAGCAGCGCUGGACCGCACGACUGUAUUGCCGCGUGUGCAAAGAAGGGGAAGAUGAUUAAGCGCGAGCCACAAGCACGGAACGAAUGA